AUGAGCUUCUUUGCGAAGUUCAAAGGGCUCGAAACUCACACUAUAGUGCGCAAAGCAGCCCAGUCAGAAAAUGACAAAAAUGUAUCCUCGCAAAGUGACACCGAUUCGGAUGGUCUGAGUCUCGAGGAGCAGAACGAGAAAGAGGUUAUCCAGAACCCCAACCGGGUCACCGAGCAUGCUCAGCUUGGUGUCCAAAAGGCAGAAGCGGUGGCUCUCGUCUGGCCGAAGGCGGCUGUCUAUGCGACCUACCUUUGGAUCUGGGUCGCAUUUUUCAUGCUUGCCCUUCAGCAAGGAACCACCACCAUCUUCAAUGCUGCCGCAUACGCCGAUUUCGCUACCGCUCCCCAGCUCACGACAGCCAACGUCCUUGCCAGCGUGAUUGGCGGCGUGGUGAAACUACCUAUAGCCAAAGUCCUCAACAUAUGGGGUCGUGCGGAGGGUUUCUUCAUCUUUGUAUGUGUCUACCUUGUCGGUAUGGUCGUCAUCGCCGCGUCCAAGGGUCCGAGUACGUAUGCGGCUGGUUACGUCCUCUAUUGGAUCGGAUACGACGCGAUAUACCUGAUUAUGGACGUGUUCGUCGCAGACACUUCUGGCCUUAGGAAUCGAGCUUUCGCCUUUGCGUUCGUCGGCACUCCCUUCAUCUGCACCGCUUUCACUGCGCCAAAGUUAGGCCAAGCAUUUCUUUCUGCGACCACUUGGAGAUGGGGUUAUGGUGCCUUUUGUAUCAUCAUGUUCUUCAUCUUCAUGCCGCUCGUUGUUGUCUUCAAAUUCUAUCAGGUCAAAGCUGAGAAGAUGGGUUACUACAAACGCCCAGCUAGCGGACGAACCGUCUUCCGGUCGCUCCUCCAUUACUUUCACGAAUUCGACAUCAUCGGAGCCUGCCUACUCAUGGCUGCAUUUGUGCUCAUCUUGCUUCCAUUCACUCUAAAAACCUAUGGCAAGACACAAUAUCACUCCGCCAGCUUCAUCGCCAUGAUAGUCGUGGGUGGUCUCCUCUUUCCGAUCUUCGCCGUGUGGGAGAAAUACUUCGCGCGGACCCACUUCAUACGAUGGGAGCUCUUCAGACAACGAACUGUUCUCGGAGCCUGCUGUCUGGCUGCUAUCCUCUAUUUCUCCUUCUACUCGUGGGAUCUCUACUAUUAUUCUUUCGUCCUGGUUGUGUACGAUCUCGACAUCAGCGACGCAGGCUACAUGACUCAGAUUUGGAAUGUCGGCUCGACUUUCUGGGGUGUAGUCUUCGGGCUUUGGAUUCGCUACACCAAGAGGUUCAAAUAUUCAUGCCUAUUCUUCGGUCUUCCUCUUAUGUUCCUGGGUGCAGGUCUUAUGAUCUACUUCCGAGGCCGGGACCAUGGCAUUGGCUACCUUGUCAUGUGCCAGAUCUUCAUCGCCUUCGGCGGUGGUACUCUGGUCAUUGGCGAAGAUAUGGCUGUCAUGGCUGCGGCCGAUCGUGAUGGUGUCCCCAUGAUGCUUUCACUGAUUGGACUAAUGUCCAGCGUCGGUGGUGCCGUCGGUUAUGCGGUGUCAUCAGCGAUCUACAAUAACACCUUCCCCCAAAAACUUUUAAACAGUUUACCGGCCGAUGCAAAGGACGACUACACCACCAUCUAUAUGGGUGGUUAUUUGACUCAAAUGACAUAUCCGGUUGGCAGUCCAAUCAGGGACGCGAUCGACUAUGCUUGGGGCGAGAGUCAGAAGUACGGAGCUAUCUCCGCCACUUGCAUCCUCGUUUUGGCCAUCCCUUCUAUUGCAAUCUGGAAGAAUUACAAUGUCGACAAGAAGCAGAACAAGGGCACCGUGCUCUGA